CAGAUGUCAAUCCCCAAAUAUAAUAAUGAACUGAAAUUUACUACUUUUCCCUUCAAUAAUAGCCACUAUUUCUUUAUUUUUGCCAAUCUUGUACAAUUUAGCAAGGAAUCUACGAUCUGUAAAUCAAUGGCCAAGUUUGCUGCUUUUUAAUGAAGAUCUUAUGUGAAAAUAUAAUUAGGAACUUAGUCUGAGAUACUUUUCUCUUUCAUAAUAUGCCACUAUGUAGUGACAUAACCAUUUAAGCUGUACUAAGCAUGUUUAACAUACAUUCAUAUGCAUCAUGCUUCUGACAAUAAUGCAUUAUCAUCUUCGCUUUGUCCCGACAAUAACUAGAAGUUUAAAUUCUUUCCUAUUGCCUUCAUUAUGUGAAAACUACACUUUAUAAUGGUACUAUAAUUAAAAUUGCUCAAACUUUCCUUAUCUGAUGUUUGGCAAAGCAGUUACUACUAUGACUUAAGCCUUAGCCAAUUUAGAGCUCAUUUUCCAUUUUCUUCUAUCCAUGUCAUGCACUACUUUCUGAAACAUUUUGCAACUUCAUAAAAGUUUUAGAUCAGUCUUAAAAUGUGGUUUGAAUUGUGCUUUUGUGUACCCACUGUUUUCAUACUAUAUUUGAGUUCAAAAAUAUUUUAUAGCGUUAGAGUUUCACUCAAAAUGCUAGAUAUAAUUCAGUUUUUUGGAUUUUUUUUUCAAAUUAUGGCUGUAAUGUUCUCGAUUUUUAUAAACCAUUCAAAUCAACUCCGUUUGAGAUGAAAACUUUACAGCAUAUCAAUAAUAGUUACAUCUUGCUUCUGUAAAAUUUACAAAAAAAGUUAAGCUCGUUUGGUUGCCCAAAUGAUUUGAAAACAGAGUGCAGUUUUCAGUUUCAGAAAACACAAUCAGUUUCAGUUUGAGAGUUCAGGGGACGUGAGAGUGAGAGGCUGCCUAGCAGUCUUCUUCAUCAUGGAAACCAUCCACAGGGCAGCGCAGCAGCGCGGUGCUUGCCAUUCGUCGCGUUCCAGCCCAUCCUGACUGUACUGUGGAUAUCGUCUCCAACUCUGACCAUACUCCGGCAACGUUUCCGACCAUUCCAGUGAGCCUCUGGUCAUACCACCGUGUCAUAAGAAGUACCCAGGAGACCAAAGACAAAGAGAAGAAGAGAAGAGGGGAAGAAGCCAAAGGGCACUAAGUUGUCAAAAAAGGCAUAAAAUCAAAUGUUCGUCAUGUGGAGGAUAUAACCACAAUAAAAGAAAAUGCAAAGACAACCCACUUGCCGGUGUUAAAGAAUAUGGCAACUUCACUAGAGCCGCCAAGAGGAGCAAGAAAAAAAAAUGCAAGACAGGGAUCUGCAACUACUAUUCCUGUUGAGCAACCUACUACUGCUACUCAACAAGGAUCUGCAACACAUGUUCCUGAUCAGCGGCCAGCAAAGAAGAGUCAGAAGAGAAACACCACUGAGACUCUCAGCCAACUCCAGAUGCAUUUGCUGGUGCUUCUUUCUCUCAACAUGCCAAUGAAAGUUCCCAACAAACUACCAGGCAGUCCCAGCAAGUUGCCAGCUCCAUGACAAUCCCAAUAGAAGGAAGGCUAAAAUGGUGGGUUUUUGGUAAUGAGAACAGCUCACGGCAAGAUGGCGGGCUCCCAAAGCGCGCCCCCCAUGAUGAAAGCCCAGGGCGGCUCCGGGGACAGGUCGGUGCAGCCCAUUGACCAAUAUGGCACCAACCUGGGCUUGGCAUUGGGAAGUACUUGGCCUCAGGGGAAGGGCUGUGACCUGGUGCUGGGCAAAGAGUUGCAGUCUGGGAUGGAUAGCAGGGUGGAGGAGAAGGAGGGGUCGCUGAUUUCCACGGAGAACGACUCCCAGGUGACUGACCCGGCGUCUUCCUGGGUGGCGGACAGCCCGGUCCCGGGUGGGCCGCCUACCAAGGUGAUGCGGCUGGGCUCUCCACUGCGGGGCCAAGAAGAGGAGCAGACCGGGGGAGAGGAGACACAGUCAGAGGGUGAGGAGGUGGCGCCACAGAAGGAUCUGCUCAAGGAGGCUUUGGCGGACGUGCAGCUGGUGCAGGGGAGACGCUCGAAGGCCAUCCCUUACACGCGAAGGAAGAAGGACGUCACGAUCACGGCCGUUCGCAAGAGCGGCAGGACCCGGGGAGCGGACGUGGGCACGCCGGCGUUGGAGAAGGCACAGCGCCUCACCGCGGAGAAGAACUUGGAGAAGAACCUGGACAAGGCGAAAGGCAAGGCGAAAGGCGCCGGAACACUGGCUCAUUGCCCCUCGCUGCCGCUGCCGUGUGCAGUGUGCUCGUGGGUUUAUGGAUCAAACUGCCGGUGACCAAUACCAUGAGCCACUUGUCGUUCAUCCUCCAUCAGCCGCACCUGCAGCACCUACACACAGUAGACAGGAGAGGGUCUCAAUAGAGAGCUACCUGUAGGGCAGUAGGGGAUUGGGUAGGCCAUCAUGUUGAAUAAUUUUUAUUUGCUUGGUUCUAAGCUUUGAUGACGUUCUUGCAUGAUAGAACCUUGUAUCCUCGUCCCCUAGAACGCGCCAGUUUACCUUGCCACGUUGUCUUGCUUCGCCAGCAAUAGAGUGAGCUGAACUUUCAAUUUUUGCUUAACCAUAUGCCUAAAGAAGCCCUCUAAUUUCGUUUGGGGUCUACCAUCCUCGAGCCAGUCCAUAAAGGCCCCUCAAGGUAAACUUGUUCGCAUCCAGAACUUCUCUGUCGGGUUUCAGAAUUUCCCUCCACCUCCCAAUAUUUUUUAUCUGUUUUAGAUUUCGGCUAAUCCAUUUCGCUAUGACUCCAGGUUACAGUGACCAAGUCGACAAAGCCAUUUCUGAACUUUCAAUUAUUUUUAUACUAAAAAAUCUUUGAUUUUUUGGACAAUUGUCGAAGCUUCAGUUUUCAAAGGACAAUGAUCGGUAUAGUAGGAUCUCGAAUAUUGGACCAAGUGAAGUCUUGAAUUUGCAAGUCUCUAAUUGCAUCAUUAAACUGGCUCUUUUUUCACACAGUGCAGCUGUGCUGGUAGUUCUGUCCUCACCUAAUCGGACUGUGUUUUAAAAUCACCAGCGACAAUGUUCAUUGUUUAGUUGUCCAGAGAUGGAACUCUGAAUUUUCAGAUUGCAAGUGAACCGUGAGUGAUCUUUUCUUG